UAACCGAUACUAUUAUCUCCCUUGCAAAAUGGAUGCCCCCAUGGUAAAAGUGAAAGUUGAGGAAAUCAACGAUGAAAUUGACGUUGAAAGCCAGGAAAGAGAACAUUUCACCAGGAUUUUAAACUCAUUUAGAUCAUAUAGGACAUUUUGUCAGAGACGAGUUACAGAUACAUUGAGAUAUUAUGAGGGGCUUCCAACUCACCACAAACAGCUUAUUCCAAACUUUUUGCAACAUUUGACCCAUGUCCAGUGGUGCAUUUGUGAAAAUUAUGACGUUCUCAAACUUAUCAUACAAGAUGUGGAACAUAUAUUUGAAAAUAAACAAAAUGCGGCCAAUGCAGGAGAAGAUGAGCCCACAUCAAAAGCUACACUACCAAAAAUAUCGGAUAUGGACAAACUGAAAUCCACACUCCGUCAGUUUGUACGAGAUUGGAGCACAGACGGACAGGCGGAAAGAGACGUGUGCUACACCCCAGUUAUCGAGGAAAUUGUGAAACGAUUUCCGCCAGAAUCUUGUGACUCUUCACAAGUGAGUAUCCUGGUACCCGGAGCAGGGCUUGGCCGCCUGGCCUUCGAGUUUGCAAAGCGGGGAUACAACUGCCAGGGAAAUGAAUUCAGCCUUUACAUGCUCUUCUCUUCAAAUUUUGUACUCAACAAAUGCAAAGAAAUCAACAAUUACACCCUCUACCCCUGGGUACACCAGUGGACAAACAACUUGCGAAACGAAGAUCAGGUCCGGGCGAUCACAUUCCCAGAUGUCGACACCUCUGAUCUCCCAGAGAACGCCAGCUUUUCUAUGGCGGCUGGAAACUUUCUUGAAGUGUACGAAGACCCUGCUGUGUUUGACUGCGUGGUCACAGUGUUUUUCAUCGACACUGCUCACAACAUCAUCGCCUACGUGGAGAAAAUCUUCGAGAUCCUCAAGCCUGGAGGAUAUUGGGUCAAUAUGGGGCCAUUGUUGUACCACUAUGCUGAUAUGCCAAAUGAAGUUUCAAUAGAACUUGCCUACGAAGACGUCCGUAGUGUUAUAGAGAAAAUGGGCUUUGUUUUUGAGAUGGAGAAGAAAAACAUUGCUUCAACAUACACUGAGAAUCCUGCUUCCAUGCUCACCCACACAUACAACAGUGUGAUGUUUGUGUGCAGGAAACCAGUCAUGAAGGAGGAAGGCCAGUGAAGAGUUGACAAGGGGAACAACUCUGUACAGGGGUUUGUUGAAUGAUAUGUGGAGACUGGAGAGCAUUAAGGAGAAAUUACUUUGUAGUUAUUUAGGAAAGAGUAGAAUAGAGAAAUAACUGUAAAUUUGUUUUGGGAUAUUUAAAGUUUAGGAAAAGGGUAAUAACAUUUUUAUUGUUGGAGAGAAAACUGACCUCACAAUAAAUAAAUAGUUUGUUUUGGGUUACCCAAUUAAGAUAUUUCUUUUACAACCCUACCUCUUUUAUCCAUAUUGAAAAACAUGAAACAAAGGCUAUUUAAGUUUUAGGGCGGUGGUAUUUUUGUGAGUUGAUUGGGUAGAGCCUUACAAAAUAUUUAUUGGUUGUAGCCUGAUGAAUGUGCUGAAUUUUGCCUUUUAUUAUGACUGGAUUAUGAAACACUGAGCUGAUUGUUCAGAACUAUGUUAUAGGUAACAACUGUUAAUGUCAUCAUUGUUGACUUUCAAUUUGUUACUGCUUUGAAUGUUUAAUUGAUACACUUAUGAUCUGCAGUAUUAUUACCAAGGUUCGAGACAGCCAUUUUAGCCGUACUUGUUUUAUUUAAAUCUAUGUGCACAUCAUCGAAUAUUUCACAUUUAAAAGUUAACAACGAUGUCGUUAAUCACGUUGUUAACUUUAACAAAGUUCUGAACAAUUGGCCCAAUUUUACUGAUAAUAUAUAUAUAUUCAGUUUCUUUAACAUUAGUUUUAUUUGGCACAUUUAAUGAUUUUUAAUAUAUUACAGGGAAUGCUGCGAUUUUUAAGAUUUUCAUUACCGGGCUAUAUACGAUUUGUGAUAGACAUAUGAAUUUUUUUCAAACAUAUAUUCAAAAAUUUUAAGUGGAUAAUUUUAGACUUGAAUAUUGCCAGACUAACAUUCUAGUUAAUCUUCAGUACCUAGUUUCAGAUUUCUGCUUCAUACUUUAUUGGCACUUGUUGGAAAAUGGUUGAAAUAGUUUAUAUUUCUGUGCCAAAUCAUAUAAACAUGCUGAAACAAAACAUGGACAAUUACCCUGACUGAUAGAAGCAAUUUGUUAAUACAAGCUUGUCUCAUUUGUUAUGACAAUAUUUUGCAUUCAUUUUGAAACAUAUUUAUGUGAUGCAUGUCAAAACUUAUCAAAAUACAUAUACAGUAAAAAUGUGAUCGAUGAGGAUGCCAGGGCCCAAGCUAAAACCUUGUUUGAUCCGAUGUUUUGAACGACCCUAAUAUCCAUUUUAGUCAAUAAUGAAAUGUCUUACGAUGUAUAUUGAAAGUUUGAAGUCGUCAUAUCCAGUGUUUACUUUGGUACCGAUUAUGUCCUUGAGGUAAUCAUAAGGUUUUGCACAUGAUUUGUGUAUUUGGGACUGGCUAUAGUGCUCUAGUCCUCAACUUAUUUAGGGUUCAAUCCAUUUUUAUAUGAAAAUAAAAGAAAUAAUGGUUGGGGCUAAGCCUUGACCUUGGCCAAUUGCCAGUUCUCUAACAACCACCUGUUCGAACAAUCACAAUCUUACUGUAUAUAUAUUUUUUUAAGCAAUCGUUCACACUAUUUUAGUAUCGCGGGAAAUUUGAUUGGCAAAAUCUCCUUAUUAUGAAUGGUAGUAGUUGAGAGACCUCUUCUUCCAGUAAAAUUGCAUGUUACUAUUGAAUACUCUUCACCCAUGAAGACUAACCAUAACUUGGGUUGUUAUUCAAUACAGAAAAUAUCGUUCAAAAUGAUUUCAUUGGCUUAGAUUUCAAAUGGGUUCCCAUUCGGCACCAAAGAAACUGACUCAUAUUUAUUAAUGAUUACAAGAUGUUUCUAGCCUAUUGUGCCAGGGUACUCAAUAAAGCAUAAUAUUGCAUCAAGCGUUACAAACAGGAAUAGCAGAAUAACAUUGUUAUCAUGUCAAUAUAUUAACACCUCACCUUCCAUUCCUUAAAUGAACUGCCUUUCGGCAAUUGCAGUAAUCAUCCGAUAAAUGCAAUAUCUUUGGAUAUGUUCAGAUCGCGAAACAUCGAAUCUUGUUAUUGUUUGUAUUGUGUCAGCAGGUCCCAUAAAAAUAAAUCUUUUACAAAGUGUUAAUUUAUGAUAUGUAAAUGUAAUUUUGUCAUUUGUGUUUCAAUUUCACAUUUUAAAGUGAUUUCCAGUGGUUGAUCUUUCCAGUGUUACUGUGAUGUCAUUUGAUAAAAUAUGUCAAGUUACAGUCUGAUCUUUCUAUUUGCAAAAUGGGUGAUGUAAGGUUUUCUUAAUUGAAGUCUUUUUUUAUCAAUUCUUGAGUGUAAUAAUGAACUAUUGAUGUAAAUGUUAAUAAUGAAUUGCGGGAUUGAUGUCAUUAUCGGGGAUAUGAACGCAAUUAGACUUGUCAAAAAAUGCUAUAAUAGGAGUCCUUCGGACACUCCACAGAUUUUAACCAGCCCAACUAUGUUCAUACCCCAAGAAUGAUCUCAAUCUCGCAAUUCAUUCCUUAAAGCUGACUCUCAUAGAUUUACCGUUUUGACAGCUUUUUUUAAUUUUUUGUCUUGGAGCCAAUUUUUACAUAAAUAUCUGCAAACCAGGGAUAUAAGAUUGCUGAAGAAAUAUCAGAUCGCAGAUUAGUUCCGUUCGAAAAUUGAUGUUUUAUGGCUAAAAGCGUUACUAAUGGUUUAAGGAAAAUGCAUAAAACAUAAUAUUUGAAUAUACAUAAAAAGAAAGCUGUGAUCUGUUUUUUUGUCAACAGUCUUAUAUCACUUUCCAUAUAUUUUCGCAUAAAUUGGCUCGUUCCAAGCCAUAAAAAAGGAAGUUGUCAAAACAUUCAAUCUGUGAGAGUGCAGCUUUUGUUGGCUGCAGCUAUAAUUUGAUAAUUUGUAUCAGUCUCAUUAUACCUUGUUUUGUUUAACAAAUACCUGGUCCAGUAAGUUUAGGAACUGUGUCAACAUUCGAUAAAUCUAGAUUUUACUAUCGGCGUAUCUUCCCAUGAUGCAUUGCCAUCAAUUGCCUGUUAAAGGGACUAGACACCAGAUUUAAAGUCCCAAAAUCGUCCCAAAAUCAGCAAAUACAGUAUUUCCUCAAUGCAAGCCUGAAAUUAUCAAUACGAACUAGUAUGAGGCCCAAAAUACAUCAUUUUACGUGAUUAAAAUAACAUUUUAUCGCUGUCUCAGCUGAGUUUAACUGUCUAAAAACAAAAGCAUACUUGUUUCCUAGUCUAUAGUUUGUAUAUUUAGCAUGUCAAGGUCCCGUGAUUUAUACAAAUGCAUUAUUAUUAUAACAUAUAGCAGCACUAUUCUUAAAUAACUGGGGUUAAUGUGGUAGACAAACCCAGUAAAUUUCACAUUGGAAAAAUAUGCAAGAACUGUUAACCCGCAGGGCCAGGUGACCGCGGUGGUUUUUUCAUAGCGCCACAUUUUUGCAAAGAUUGGGCCUUAUGUAGAGUCUAUGGGGUGCGGGGGCACUUGGCUGGGGUUUAACCAUCAGUUUGUUCCCGCAGGGAUUUUACCCAGGGUUGGCUGGACCGAAAGUCAAAGUCCCGGCUAUUCCCCGGACCUGGGGGGGCAGUGGUUACAAUUGACUGGUGCAUAAGGAUACAUGUGUCGUAAGCAAUGGCAAGUAAUAUUCAAUUUGUUGUACACAAAGACAUCAUUUUAAUGUAAGUUUUUGACAAAGUUCCUUUUUUCUUGCAAUGAUAUCAUCUGGUGUCUAGUCCCUUUAAUGACUUAUGCCUUUAGUGCCAUGUGCUUUGUCAUUCGUAUUUGAUAGCAUGCUUUUUAUUAUUCCAUGUUCUUUAAACCCAUCAUGGAAGUAAAAAGUGAAAUUGUUUUGAUAUCCGAUAUAAAAUUAAUAUGUUUAUUGUCAGCAGAUAUUGUUUUUCUGAUACUUUUUCUCCUUUGGGGAAAACUUAAGGUUGUUUCUUGCAUGGAAAGGACUUAUAUAAGUAUCAAGACUAAAUAACAAUGGUUUUAAGUGAGAAAUUGAUAAUGAAGCACACUUACUACACUAAAAAAGAUGAAUAUCCUGACCGUAUGCAUGACAUUGUGUACAUUAAUCUUAGGUAAAAGUAUAGCUACAGUAACGUGUGUUAGGAGAAUAUUUUAAACAUUCAUUUCCCUGUAUGUUCCCCUUAACAUAUUGAGCCGACUGUUCAGAACUUUUUUAAAGUUAACAACAUGAUUAUUGACAUCGUUGGUAACAACAAUGAAGUUAACAACAUGAUUAUUGACAUCGUUGGUAACAACAAUGAAGUUAACAACAUUGUUUACUUUAACAAAGUUCUGAAAAACAGGCACAAUAGAUGCCUUUACAUGGAAUAGAGUUGCUAAAAAAAACCUGUCAAAGACUCUGAAGCAGCUGUUUAUUUGGACUAAGUAAAAAGGCAGACAUAGUUAUUUAUUAUGAAGCUAAUGUUAGCAUUUCUUGUAUCAUCUUAUAAUGAAGCUAAUGUUAGCAUUUCUUGUAUCAUCUUAUAAUGUAGCUAAUGUUAGCAUUUCUUGUAUCAUCUUAUAAUGUAGCUAAUGUUAACAUUUCUUGUAUCAUCUUAUAAUGUAGUUAAUGUUAGCAUUUCUUGUAUCAUCUUUAUUUCUGUACUUAUAAACUUGUUAAGAUAUGCUCAGAAAAAUAUAUGUAAAGAAAACAAUAAUAUCCCAACAAUAAUAUCCAAACUAUGUAUGACGUUGGUUUUAAAAAGCAAAUAAAUGUGAUAGACUUGCAACUUUCUUGUGAUUUAUUAUGCCCCUAUUUGAAGAAGAG